AGUGGUGCUUUUACUUUGAAGAAGCUUUUCCGGAAAGUCAGUAUCGGCACUAACAUCAGAAUGGCGACUGCCGGAUGUCUCGCGCUCCGUUUCUCCAAGGGAAAAGUGAUUUUUCUGGUGUUCGUGUCUCUGAACGUCCGGUUCCUCUGCAGGGCGGCGCUCAGGAACGACCGGCCGAUAAUCGGGGUUCUCUCUCAGGAGCUUUCACGUCCAAACCAAAGCUCCUACAUAGCCGCCUCCUACGUCAAGUUCCUGGAGUCCGCCGGAGCCAGAGUGGUUCCGGUUCUGAUCAACCAGAGCCCAGAGGACUACCAGAAGCUGUUCCUCUCCAUCAACGGGAUCCUGCUCCCUGGGGGAGGAGUCAGCAUCACCUCCUCAGGGUACAAGCGCGCCGCAGAGAUCUUCUACCGGCUGGCUCUGGAGGCCAAUAAGAUGGGGGACGUCUUCCCCGUGUGGGGCACCUGCCUGGGCUUUGAGCAGCUGACGUACCUGACGAGCGGGAAGGUGGAGCUGUCGCACACCAACACCAGCAGCGCCGCCCUGCCUCUGAACUUCACUGAAGACGCCAAGCGCAGCAGGAUGUUCUCCGGCUUCCCCGCCGAGCUCAUGGCGGCUCUGGCCUCCGAGCCUCUCACAGUAAACGCCCACCAGUUCAGUCUGGCGAUGACGACGUUCCAGUCGGAUGAGGCCCUGAGGAACUUCUACAGAGUUCUGUCCACAAACACGGACGGAAGCACCGAGUUUGUGUCGACCUUUGAAGCGUACGAUUAUCCGGUUUACGGGACUCAGUGGCAUCCGGAGAAGAACGUCUUCGAGUGGACGAAGCCCUUCUAUCCUCACUCUCCGUCUGCAGUCAAGACCUCCUUCUACAUGGCGGAGUUCUUCAUCGGUGAAGCCAGGAAGAGCUUCCACAGAUUUGAAUCAAAGGAGGAAGAGGACAAAGCUCUGAUCUACAACUACAGUCCUGUUUACACCGGAGCCACGUCUGCCUUUGAGCAGGUCUACAUAUUCUGAGGCGGCCGGCGGCGCCUCCAGACGCUGCUGUCAGGAAGGUGGACUGCCCCGGCUAACGCUGAUCAUGCUAACAGCUGCUGCACAUAAUCAUCACUCACCAUGAUUUGUUUUGCAGCCAGCAGGGGGCGUGGCUAGAAACCAAAGAAACCGGUCUUCUUACAGAUCAAAAACAGGGAAGGACUCUUCUGAUCAUGAAAUCUGCUUCUCGUGUCAGCUUCCUCCUGGAAGUUUGACAUGUUUCCUACUUUGACAUCCUCCAGUGUAAAAAAAAAAAGACCACGAAAACGGAUAAAAUAUCUACUUUUUUAAUCUAACAUUUACUUUCAUGCCACAGUCUGCCAUCACUCUCCUUCUGAGCCUCAAAACGUCUUGGAGAAAGUCCUCAGCCAGUUCCUGUUGGCUUUGAUGAAGUCCAGUCAGCUCAGGUCAAGGACAUCCACAGAAAUGAACAGGAAAUGUCAAAUGCACAGAUAACACUCAGCAAACACUGGGUCUUUAGAAUUAAACGAUGACAUUUACACAUCAAACGGACGAGGCUAGGAUCUCUGUCACAAGUACUACUGGAAAUGGAAGCUGUGAGGUCCAGAGAGGAGCAUUCAGAGCCAUCCGGACUAGAGCUGCAGCCCGUCUGCGCAUGCACUGCAGCCCGUCUGCGUGAUGAAUGCAGUUCAUUCUCUGGAUGUUCCCCUGUUCUAGACCUACAGCUGACCUCUGAACCACAUUUGGUCCAAAGGAUCUGGUUUAAAGCGUGGGUGUUGCUUCCAAAAGACGUUCCCUCCAAGCUGCAGAGGUAGAACUGAUCCCAUCAGGAGGAGUCAGGAGCGCCGGCUCGCUUCCAGAAACCUCAUCCAGAACUAAAAAUCUGACCUUCAGGAUCUAAUGUCUAGAAAAACAUCUAAAUUCAGAGUUUUUUAAGGAGAAGUUUUGAGCAGAAACCUCCUGAUUAGUUUUUAGAACUUUCUGUAAAUGAGCUUAAUCUUUAGUUCUAGUUUUAGUUUAGUCGACAGCCUUCAGGGCCUUCAGGGCCUCUAAACCCGACCUGUAGGUGGUUUUUGGACAGAAGCGCUCGGCUGCUGAUGGUUUGCUUCUCCUCAUCUUUCUGCCAUCAAACUCUGAAAAAGCUUCCAGGAUUUGACCUGAUUCUUCACAGAAAUCACAUUUUUGUAAAAACUUGUAUUUUCUGGAGAGUUGAAGAGAUUUUCAGUUUGCAGAAUAAAAAUGUGAACAUG